GAUCACUCCUGGUCCUUUAUGGGUAAAUGGGAUUGAUGUGGAUGGUCACGCUGGGCCGGACGGUGCUGGACCGAUUCCGGGAGUGGAUCCGGUGUCGAUGCGUCCCGCCCCCGGUCCCGCCCCGUGUCCCCGCCCGCAGCGCUUCUCCGACAGCGGGAUCCGAGUCGAGCCGGAGCGGAACCGGGCGGAUGGCGUUCGGUAAAAGCCCCAAAGACCCGUUCAGCACCUGCGUCGGGAAACUGAUCGACAAUGCGACUGUCGGAACACAGCCGGCGGCAGACUGGUCCCGGUACAACCACAUCUGUGACGUCAUCAACAGCGCUGAGGAUGGACCCAAGGACGCAGUGAGAGCGCUGAAGAAACGGAUGAUGGGAAAUCGUAACCACAAAGAGAUCCGGCUGGCACUGGCACUGACCGACUGCUGUGUGGGGAAGUGCGGCCCAGCCUUCCACUCUCGUCUGCUCAGGAGGGACUUCACCCGGGACGUGUUGGUUAAACUGCUGAAGCCCAAGUACAAUCUCCCCACGGACAUUCAGGACCACAUCCUCAGCAUGAUACAGUUCUGGGCAAUCAUCUAUCAGGGUCCAGCUGAUGUCAGUGACGUUCGGGAUCUCUACAUGGAGAUGAAACAGAAAGGGGUGAUGUUCCCAGCUCCAGCCCAGGGACCCCCUAGAAUCAGAGUGGAUCUAGCGGGGACCUCGUUGCCUCGGCAGCGUCCGACCGCGCCCGCCGUGAAGCCUGCAGCCUCCCGCGCCCCGCUCCGCAGCAACAUCAUCACCCUGGUGCCAGAGCAGGUGGCCAAGUUACACAGCGAGCUGGACGUGGUGAAUAUGAACCUGGGUGUCAUGUCAGCCAUCCUGUUGGACAGCACUCCCGGCCACGAGAACCCGGAUGACAUGCAGCUCCUGCAGAAGCUCCACACCACGUGCCGGGCGAUGCAGGAGCGUAUUGGCCUCUUGUUGCUCCAGGUCGACCACCAACAGCUCACUCACUGCCUUUUGUCCACCAAUGACCAGCUCAACAAGGUCUUCCUGCAGUAUGAGAGGUUCCAACGCAACAGGACACGGUUCCAGUGGACAGAGAAGGCGGCUGCAGACACACCCAAGGUCCUGCCUGUGGAUCCCUCUGCACCGUGCUCCACUGACGAUCUGAUCAGCUUCACAUGUCCAGAACCAGCACCACUCUGCACAAACCAGUACACCAGUCUGAGUCUCAGGAACGGAAACACGGGCGUGAAUGUGAAUGUGGUGAACCCCAGUAUGCGGAGCAGAGCUCUCCCUGAAGUCCCCUCACGCAACACCGUCCCAGCUCAGCAGCUUCAGCCCAGCCAAAGUUUCUCCGGCAGUAUCCCUGAACCUCUGUACGCCAACGUGGACUCGCAGGGAACUGAGCUGCUGGAAGCCCCCACGCCUGGCCCCUCCCACACCAAGUGGCCCUGUGAACACACAGCUACAAGCCAAUCAGAGCCUUCGAAGAUUGUUGGGCCUCAGCUGAUUGGACUGGAGUUUGACCCGCUGGCUAACUUGAACAACUCUGAAGCCAUUUAUGAAGAUUUGGACUCUAUUUUAAACAAAGCCCAGACAUGACGCGACAACAAGUAGUGAGGAUCACUUCUCCUGGUAUCGGAGAUGGUGUAGGGGUCGGAAAUGAGGGCCAGCUGAGGACACUGGAGUGGAGCAGGCAGAUAACUGGGCGGGAUGUCGAUGGGGAGCCAGUGGGAGAUGCAGUGGAGCCGAACAUUCCCUGAUGCUGUUGAUUCACUUGGUCUUGGGGUGAAACUUACCUCACCUCAACACAAAUGGCAGGAAGCUCGACAAACUUCUCUCUCGGGGAAAAGACUGCUUCCCACUCACACAGCGAGACCCACUGAUAACAUAUCUCAUCAUUGCUGCCGGGACCUCACAUCUCAGUAGACAAAUCUGUAAUGUAAAAUAGUUGUAGAAUUGAAAUCUAUUAUGCAUCUUUCACAUCUGGUUUAUAGAUUAAGAAUUAACCAUUUCAAGUAUGUUAAUUGAAAUUAACAGAACUUCCAAACUCCAAGAUAAGGAACCUACACUCUUUUAGAAAAGGGGAGUUCAGAAGAGUAGGGGAUGGGUGAGGGUGCAGGUGAAAAUGAGCAGAUCAGAGACCGUGCCCAGUUAUAUUGUUUCACUGGGGGACGGUUCCCCCCCCCGCACACACACACACACACUGACCCUCACUGGGGGACUGUCCCAUACACUGACCCUCACUUGGGUAUACUCCCACACACACACUGACCCUCACUGGGGGACAGUCCCACACACACACUGACCCUCACUGGGGGACGGACCCACACACACACUGACCCUCACUGGGGACAGUCCCACACACACACUGACCCUCACUGGGGGACACUCCCACACACACACUGAUCCUCACUUGGGUACAUUCCCACACACACACUGACCCUCACUGGGGGACUGUCCCAUACACUGACCCUCACUUGGGUACACUCCCAUACACACACUGAUCCACACUGGGGGACAGUCCCACGCACACACUGACCCUCACUUGGGUACGCUCCCAUACACAUACUGAUCCUCACUGGGGGACGAUCCCACACACACACUGAUCCUCACUGGGGGACUGUCCCAUACACUGACCCUCACUUGGGGACAGCCCCACACACACACUGACCCUCACAGGGGGACGGUCCCACACACACACACACACACACACUGACCCUCACUGGGGGACAGUCCCACACACACACUGACCCUCACUGGGGGACAGUCCCACACACACUGACCCUCACUGGGGGACGGUCCCACACACACACUGACCCUCACUGAGGGACGGUCCCACACACACACUGACCCUCACUGGGGGACAGUCCCACACACACACUGACCCUCACUGGGGGACGACCCCACACACACUGAUCCUCACUGGGGUACUGUCCCAUACACUGACCCUCACUUGGGGACAGUCCCACACACACACUGACCCUCACUGGGGGACGACCCCACACACACUGAUCCUCACUGGGGGACUGUCCCAUACACUGACCCUCACUUGGGGACAGUCCCACACACACACUGACCCUCACUUGGGGACAGUCCCACACACACACUGACCCUCACUGAGGGACGGUCCCACACACACACACAUUGACCCUCACUGGGGGACGGUCCCACACACACACACACUGACCCUCACUGGGGGACAGUCCCACACACACACUGUCCUCAAUGAGGGACGGUCCCACACACACAAUGACCCUCACUGGGGGACGGUCCCACAGACACACUGAUCCUCACUGGGGGACAGACCCACACAAACACUGACCCUCACUGGGGGACAGUCCCACACACACACUGAUCCUCACUGGGGGACGGUCCCACACACACACACUGACCCUCACUGGGGACAGUCCCACACACACACUGACCCUCACUGGGGGACACUCCCACACACACACUGAUCCUCACUUGGGUACAUUCCCACACACACACUGACCCUCACUGGGGGACUGUCCCAUACACUGACCCUCACUUGGGUACACUCCCAUACACACACUGAUCCACACUGGGGGACGGUCCCACGCACACACUGACCCUCACUUGGGUACGCUCCCAUACACAUACUGAUCCUCACUGGGGGACGAUCCCACACACACACUGAUCCUCACUGGGGGACUGUCCCAUACACUGACCCUCACUUGGGGACAGCCCCACACACACACUGACCCUCACAGGGGGACGGUCCCACACACACACACACACACACACUGACCCUCACUGGGGGACAGUCCCACACACACACUGACCCUCACUGGGGGACAGUCCCACACACACUGACCCUCACUGGGGGACGGUCCCACACACACACUGACCCUCACUGAGGGACGGUCCCACACACACACUGACCCUCACUGGGGGACAGUCCCACACACACACUGACCCUCACUUGGGGACAGUCCCACACACACACUGACCCUCACUGAGGGACGGUCCCACACACACACACAUUGACCCUCACUGGGGGACGGUCCCACACACACACACACUGACCCUCACUGGGGGACAGUCCCACACACACACUGUCCUCAAUGAGGGACGGUCCCACACACACAAUGACCCUCACUGGGGGACGGUCCCACAGACACACUGAUCCUCACUGGGGGACAGACCCACACAAACACACUGACCCUCACUGGGGGACGAUCCCACACACACACUGACCCUCACUGUGGGACGGUCCCAUACACACUGACCCUCACUGGGGGACAGACCCACACAAACACUGACCCUCACUGGGGGACAGUCCCACACACACACUGAUCCUCACUGGGGGAUGGUCCCACACACACAAUGACCCUCACUGGGGGACGGUCCCACAGACACACUGAUCCUCACUGGGGGACAGACCCACACAAACACUGACCCUCACUGGGGGACAGACCCACACAAACACUGACUCUCACUGGGGGACAGUCCCACACACACACUGAUCCUCACUGGGGGAUGGUCCCACACACACACACUGACCCUCACUGGGGGACGGUCCCACACACACACACUGACCCUCACUGGAGGACGGUCCCACACACACACACACUGACCCUCACUGGGGGACAAUCUCACACACACACUGACCCUCACUGGGGGACAGACCCACACAAACACUGACCCUUACUGGGGGACAGUCCCACACACACACUGACCCUCACUGGGGGAUGGUCCCACACACACUGAUCCUCACCGGGGGACGAUCCCACACACACACUGACCCUCACUGGAGGACGGUCCCAUACACACUGACCCUCACUGGGGGACGGUCCCACACACACACUGACCCUCACUGGGGGACGGUCCCACACACACACUGACCCUCACUGGGGGACAGACCCACACACACACUGACCUCACUGGGGGACAAUCUCACACACACACUGACCCUCACUGGGGGACAGUCCCACACACACACUGACCCUCACUGGGGGACAGUCC